GCGGCGUGAAGUGGGGCGAGAGUGAAAUUGACACAGGUGUAUAGACUACAAUCGGGGGCAACAUAAUACUUAUUUUACUUUCAGUGGAGAUCAGAGAACAUUUGAGACUAGAGAAGCAGAGAGUGGAGUUGUAAUGGCGAAGAGGAUCGCGGACAAGGAGCUGAAUGACAGGAACUGGGAUCAGGAAGAUGAAGGAGAGGAGGCGGGGACAUUCUCCAUCGCAAGUGAAGAUGUGCUGAAGAACAGGCCUAUUAAAAAGGCGAAGCGUCGGACACCAGGAACAGAGGGCGAGAGCGGGACAGCUUUUAAAGCAUUUAAAGGGUUCUCUCUGAAUCCGUCUGCGACGGGAGGGGGAGCAGGGUUUGGCGGUUUUGGAAACGGCACAGGAUUUAAGUCCUUGGCAGGCAUUGCCAACGGGAACAGCAGAGCGACCACCACCCCUUCCUUCGCCGCCUUCACCUCCACUGCCACGGCCAGCACACCCACCGGCUCAUUGACAUUCAACGGCCCCGCCUCCUCCACGCCCCCAGCUGCUGAGGUCACAAGCAGGCAGCCCAACGGCUCCGCCCCCAGCCUGGCUCAGAGCUCCAGCAGCAGCAGCAGCAGCAACAGCAGGGAAUACAGCCGGCAGCUGACCGCGCUCAACUGCUCCGUCAGGGACUGGAUCGCCAAGCAUGUCAACGACAACCCCCUGUGCGACCUCAACCCCAUCUUCCGGGACUACGAGCGGCACCUGGCCAGCAUCGAGCAGAAGUACGGGGCUGCCGCCGCCGCUGCCGCCGAGAGCGAGGAGAAGGGGGCCGGGGGGAAGCAGGGGGGGUCUCAGCCGGUCGCUGCGCCCGCGACGUCCGGCAGCCUAGCCCCGUCGUCGGGGACAGCAGCCCCUGCCGUGCUCUCGCAGAGUAAGGAGAAAGAGAGCACCUCGGUCCCUGCUGGCGUCACCUUCAACUUUGGGAAGAAGGUGGACAGCUCUGUGCUGGGGACCCUGGGGGCCGGCGGUGCCCCCCCAACCUUCUCCUUCUCCAGCCAAGGCUCCACAGGAUCCCUGUUCGGGGGGCAGGGGUCCACCACCGCCCCCGCCUCAGCGGCCACCUUCUCCUUCGGGGCAGCAAAGACCGAGGCGUCCAGCAACAGCCCGGCUGAAGAUCAGAACGGAGGAGCAGAUGAGGAGUCGGAGGAGCCCCCCAAGCCGGUGGUGACGGAAGUGAAGGAGGAAGAUGCCUUCUACUCCAAAAAGUGCAAACUGUUUUACAAGAAGGAGAACGAGUUCAAGGAGAAGGGAGUGGGGACGCUGCAUCUGAAGCAGGUGGCGGACGGGAAGCUUCAGCUUCUAGUCCGUGCCGACACCAAUCUAGGAAACAUUCUGCUGAACAUCAUGGUGCCGGCGUCCAUGCCCUGCUCACGGACGGGCAAGAACAACGUCAUGGUGGUAUGCGUGCCCAACCCGCCCGUGGACGACAAGAACCCCACCGCCCCCGUCCCACUGCUGAUCCGAGUCAAAACGGCGGAGGACGCCGAUGAACUGCACAAAAUGCUACAGGAGAAGAAGGCGUGAAGCCCCGCCCCCUCCCUUCCCCUCCCCUCCCCACCCUACCCGCUGACGCACCAAAAUCUGAAAACUGGCCACAUGGUUUUAACAGAUUGCACCCACCCCCCCCCCAGACCCCGCAUCCUGACCCCUCCCCUCCAUCAGCUGUGUAAAAGGUAACGUGGGCCUGACGAGGUCUGUGAUGCCGCAUUGUGAAGCCUCUGAGGCUUGUCUCUCACACAUGUUCUUAAUUCAUUAGUAUUUUGAAAUAAAGGCCCCUGUUAUUUGCAUGCCUGUACAUAUUGUAGUCGGGAGUUCAGAAACGAAUCGAUGGCCACUGUGAAAUCUGGAGGAGGAGGAAAAACAAAUCUGAAAUGUUUUUGUGGCCUUGGUCACUCUUUUUUUUUUUUUGCAUCAGCGAAAACGCUGGCCUCAACUCUUUAGAAAAUGAAAGGAAGUCUAUUCAACCGUUUUUAAUGAUUAAAAAAAAGAUGGAUUUGAUUAGGACUAGAGUGGUUUCUGGAACAUUCCGUCAAGUUUGAAUUUUGCUGCUAUCUUUUCAUUUAUUCAAAGAUGCAAGAUCAGUUAAGGGGAAGAAGCUGACGUCAGGCGGUGUAUUAUAGUUCAGAUGUUCUAGCGGUACUGUUUUGAUUUGGACAGAGCUGUGCCAGAGAAAGUGUGAAAAGUCGGUGCUUUACAGGAGUGUGAUCGGCUUGAAUGUUUUGUACUCAUUGCGCCUGAUCUUUGUUUAAAAAAAAUUAUGAAACUUAGUGCAAGUUCUGAAACUGCUUGCCUCUUCAGCUAAAAAGGAAAAAAAAAUACAGAAUGAGUAUGAAUGAGCACAUCUUUUGGACACUGCUGCGUGUUAGGAGUCUUGUAACCUGUAAAUUUUAGAUUAUUGAGGUUACAGUUCAUCAUCAGUUUGUGUUUGCAGAAACCGUUAAUUGUACCAGUAGAUGUUUUCCGUUUUCUUCAAAACUUGAAUGAUCUAUUUUUUUAGUGUUUUUUCUGGCUAUUUGCUGUAAAUGGCCUAAUGUAGAGUAUUUAUUCUAGCAUACGCAACAUGUGCUCUUGUUAAAUGGGUUUUGAGGAGUCCUUCCCCUGAAUUUCAGUGCAGCUGAACCCGGUUCAGCCCCCCCUCCCCCACAGGACAGAAUGAUGUCAGAGUGAAUUUGUUCCACACACUGUCUUAACGUCCCCCCCCCACCUUGAGAUUGCUAGUGAUCAAGUCCACAAUACAUGCCGCUUGUUUUUAUACCUGGCAGUCCGUGUCGAAGUGGAUCUCGUCACCGUUAUUUUCCAAGUGUCCUUUGUGUCGCCUUCGGUGAGGGGAGGCAGCCACGUGCAAAGGUGCCCGACGCGUUUGUAAAAGUGAUUGGUCAAUAAACCACUACACGUUUCACUUUCACACGCUGUCCUUGUCUCUGUCAGGAUUCAGACAAACUCAUAUCGUCAUGUAGACUCAGCUCCCCUGUGGCUGUGAGAAUUUCAGAAAGGUUAACACUCACCCCUGAAGAGUUUGGUCCCUGUGCACGUUCCGAUCAUAAAUGAGGUUCUAGUUUUACAAUGUAUACACAACACAAUUCUGAUAUGUGGAAAGCCUAUUUAUGCCAGACUUGUGAUUAACUGGUUUUGUUUCAUUCGAGCUGAAAUGGCUUGACCUACUUCCCGGUACCUUCAGAGUAGCUGUUCUCUGAUCAGCCAGCAAGUGCAACUAUGCCCCUUCAGCUGAGCUGACCAAAGAUCUGCAUUUCCCUGACUGGGUACUGUUGGUGCCACUAGGGGGAGCCAUAGCUAUAGCUUGUUUAA